ACAGAUCUUGUUUCCUCAGAAUGUUUGUUUGUUUUGAUCCCCUCUGCUGGAGCAUUGAUCUUUCUUCCCUUCCUACUUCUUUGCUUCUUCCUUGGAAGACAUAUGGUGACCUGGAUAAAAUAGAAACCCCAGCCCACAAAUUGCAUCAGAGGUCCUUGGCCCCCGGAUGGUAUUGCCCUCUUUAGAGUCAACAGAAACCAGGCUUUCUGAGGAUUUCCAAGUAGACAAGCCAUGGCUCGGAUCAUCGACUUGGUCCCUUGGAGUGAUAACUCCAUCGAAACUUACGCAUCCCCAGCCAUCAUGUUCCCCAUACCGCCAAAGAAGAACAUGCUCCCCGGGGUGAAACAGCAACUCUACCACCCCUACCUGCCCACCCUGCGGCGGAUGGACAUGGACACAGUCAUUGCAAGACUCCCCGAUGAGCACUGCCGGUCUUCUACCUACUGCACCAAAGGUGACUUUAACAGGGCUCACUUCAGCCUCCUGGGUGUCCCCAACAAAAGCCUGAAUGGCCUGGAAAUCACUGGGACAGGACAGAUGCUUAAAAAGAGGUACCAGUGUGGAAAGAUGGCCCCACUUGCACCCGGCAUUAACCAAAUCGACUGGCCCUGCCACACCCGUGCCAUUGAAGACUGGUCCCACUUUGUCUCUGCAUCAGGAGAGUUCAAGCUUCCCCUUGUGGAUAAAAAGGUUGAGGGUUUCAGUGGCUACGCUGUGCGGUACCUGAAGCCGGAUAUCACCCAGUGCUGGCGGUACUGUCUUAGCCAGAACCCCAGUCUUGACCAGUAUGGACAGAAACCCCUGGCUCAUGACACCACGAAUACCUUCCGAAGCUUUGGCUCUGCCUACAGAUCAGUCAGCUACCUGGAGCCAUGGCAUUAGCCUGCCAAGAGGAGAUAGAGAGUUUGGAGUUCUUGGCCAGCAGGACCCGACUACCUUGGGUCUCCAGCUCUCCAAAGGCAGAGAUGGCCCAAGUGGAACCUUCCACUUCCCUGAGGAAUA